AAUUAUCUAACAAACAAAAAAUAUUUAAUUAUGGUCAGAGACCUUUCCUCGUUAAUUAUUUUUAUCUUAUCAUUUGGAAUAUUAUCUAGUUUAUUUUGGGAAAGAGGAGUAAUUGCACAACAACCAGAUCCACAAGCCUUUUGGCUCAAACCAGUAGCUAUAGGGAGUGAUAAUUAUAUGCCACUUAAAGAUGUUACGGGCAUUGAUUUUGCUAAUUUAUUUGGUGGAAUUGGUGGUGGAAGAAGAAAAUAA